AUAAUCGCUCGCGCGGGCCGCCAUAACGGACGUGCCGUAUUUUAUUUUACCGCGUUUUGUUUCCCUUUCGUUCUUUCCGUUUAUGAUUUAAAGCCACCAUGUCGAAGGGCGACACCGAACAGCAAAAUGGCUCCGGCGAGGAGUCCAAGACUAACCUGAUCAUCAACUAUCUACCCCAGAGCAUGACGCAGGAGGAAAUCAGGAGUCUCUUCUCCAGUAUAGGCGAAGUGGAGUCGUGCAAGCUGAUAAGGAACAAGGGGGCGGCGUUCCCGGACGCGCUCAACCACGCGCUGCACGGCGGCGGACAGAGCCUCGGCUACGCUUUCGUCAACUACCACCGCCCGGAAGAUGCGGAGAAAGCGAUUGCCACCCUCAACGGCCUCCGCCUGCAGAACAAGACUAUCAAGGUAUCGUACGCUAGACCCAGCAGCGAGGCCAUCAAAGGCGCCAACCUCUACGUAUCAGGGCUGCCAAAGACAAUGACACAAUCAGAAUUGGAGCGGCUAUUCAGCCCAUACGGCCGCAUCAUAACUUCAAGGAUACUCUGCGAGAAUUCAGGCGGGAGACCGUUCACUGGAGGAGAGCAAGGCCUAUCUAAGGGCGUGGGAUUCAUCAGAUUCGAUCAGCGCGUAGAAGCCGAGAGAGCUAUUCAGGAACUGAACGGAACAGUGCCCAAAGGAGCAUCAGAACCGAUUACAGUGAAGUUCGCAAAUAACCCAAGCAACAACGGCAAGGCGCUCGCACCGCUGGCCGCGUACCUGCCGGCCGCGCUGCGCUUCCCUGCCCCGCUCGGCCGCUUCAGCUCAGGCAAGUCCCUACUCGCUAUAAACAAAGGCCUCCAGCGAUACAGCCCGCUGGCCGGCGAGCUCCUCGGCGGUGUGUUACCGGGCGCCGUCGGCUCUGAGUGGUGCAUUUUUGUUUACAAUCUAGCCCCGGAAACAGAGGAGAAUGUGCUCUGGCAACUAUUUGGACCUUUCGGUGCCGUCCAGAGCGUGAAAGUGAUACGCGACCUGCAGACGAACAAGUGCAAAGGCUACGGGUUCAUCACAAUGACGAAUUACGACGAGGCGGUGGUCGCCAUUCAGUCCCUGAACGGGUACACGCUUGGCAACAGAGUGCUGCAGGUCAGUUUCAAGACGAACAAAAUCAAGACGAUCUAAAUCGUCCAGACACGGCCUAGCCGGCGCUAGGACGGCACUGCAGGCGCGCACCCAUACAUACAUAGCACAGGCCCAGCCUCGACACACCACUCUUCAACGUGUCUUCCUGAAUAGACGACCUGAGCGGUCAUUUUGUAUGUUAUUUGUAAAUUGUAAUCGAUUCAGCUCAUCGGCUCUUUGUUCGACGAUCGCCAUUUUCCUAGACAGAAACUGGGUUAAGUGUUACGGAAAUCAAAAUGGCGGAAAGGUUCUGCGCAGGUCCGGAUGAAAUGGCGGCCGCUGAAUGGAGACGGAGCGCGCAAUAAUAAGUUAAGGUGUGCAUCAAAUGCUAAUCGGACAACCAAACAUAUUAAAUAGUCAAUAACAUUGUGACAAUCGACUUCGCUUAUGAAAGGUUGUGGUUAUCGAGAAAUAGUUUUCGAUUAUAAAUAAAAUAAUUAGCAAUAAUAGCUCUACGCUAUGCUCCAUUUAGGCAUCAUAUCUAAACUUCGGUCACGAAUCAAAUUUGCCAAAUAUAAUAAAUCGACACGGCGUACGUCUGUCGCUCUCUCUAACGGUUCGGGCCGUCCGCCUUCACGAGGCGAGCAUUAAAUAGUGUUAUUGUUAAAGAUUGGAAAAUAUAUAUAUUAUCUAUACGUAUAUUUUAAUCAUAUAUUAAUCUAAUUAAGAAUGAGAACUAAUCAAAAACUGUGAUAGGUUUUGAUAAAAUUUUAAAAAUAAACUUGAAAGAUCACGGGAUGUGCUGACGCUGUCGGUUUACCAUCCUCAGUGAAUUGCGUAGCAUUCGUGCAGGCGCACCCAGCGUGGCCCGAGCGUUCACCGGCGGAGUAGGUUAAGUAGUUUUUGAAAAGUUUUGCGAUAUCUACAAUUGGAUGUAAGGUGACAAUUGGCACACGCAAUCACAGGAAGACGGGGAAAAUCGAUUCAGCUGGUCGCUCAGGGGCCGGAGAGGGCGGAGCCAGAGCCCCGGGCGCGGGAGCGAGACGGGAGAUGCCUCAGGCCGGUCGCCGAGCGUAGCGCGUUCUUAGAACAAUGGUGCAUGAUAGUUCGUAAUGAUGUCGUUCGGAAAUAAUCGAUAUCUAAACAUAUGAUCGGUACCUGGCUAUUAUAAUUGAUGUAUGGAUGCGACCCUGCGUCUAUUCGAAGUAGGCUUUAAUUGUCUUAGUUUAAAUGGAAAUUUGUAAAUAGAUAAAAAAAUAUAUAAAAUAGUAUCUCGCCGCGUCACUACGCAAACAACCACAAACUUCAACCCGACAAAGACCUAAUAAACAUCGAACUUGAAUAGAGAUAAUAUCGUGCCGUCCUAACGACCCUACGAUUUUUGUAAAAAAAUAUAUACUUAAUAUAUGUAAAAACAGUUUUGUAAACAUUUCAAGAUAUUAACUAAUAACUAAUAGGUACGCAUUACAUACCAAAGAUGGAGAUUUAAAAUUUACAAGUAUUUAUAUAUUUAUUAUAAAUGUAAAACGUGCAAUAACUGAUAGCCAGUAAUUUAAUAAAAAUAUAUUAAAUAAAUGAACUCGAAGAGACGUCGGUGGAGCGGACUAUCUUCGUGGUAGAUCCGACUGUUUGUUUACUAUUUAUUGUAAACCUUGUUUGACUCGAGCUAGCCACUUAACUUUCUUUAAUUAAUUAAAAUUGAAAAAAAAAAUUGCUUAAUUUGAUCCAGCUUAUAAUGCUUUACAUUCCAUUUUAGUCUUAAUACGUUUAAUUAUUAGAAUAUAUUUGUAUUAAUUUAGAAAAAUUGAGGGUUACCUUUUUUGAAACACGAUUGAAUCAUUAAGAAAAAGAAAACAU